UUUCUCUUUAAAUACUCACUCACACCCCUCCAAACUCUCUCUUUCUCCCAAUCUCUCUCCUAAAUAUCCUCACCUCUUAGAAAAACAUAAGAGAAAACACAAAUGAGCAACCAUCAUCAACAAAACAACCAACAAGAAUGGCAAGGAGGAGGAGGAAGUAGUAAUAAUAGCAAUAAUAUUGGAGGUGGACCAUGUGGUGCAUGCAAAUAUUUAAGAAGAAAGUGUGUAAAAGGAUGUGUGUUUGCACCCUACUUUGAUUCUGAGCAAGGCACCGCACAUUUCGCCGCCGUGCACAAGGUGUUCGGCGCUAGCAAUGCCUCUAAGCUCCUCCUACGCAUUCCUGCACAUCGCCGUCUCGAUACCGUGGUAACUCUUUGCUAUGAGGCUUUGUCUAGGGUUCGUGAUCCCAUCUAUGGCUGUGUUGCUCACAUUUUCACUCUUCAACAACAGGUUAUGAGUAUGCAAGCAGAAUUAGCCUUUGUACAUGCCAGGCUUUCCACCUUACAACGCCUUCCACCGACGUUUCCUACUGUAGAUCAGACUAAUCCUCAUUGCUGUGUAGAUCAAAUGGCAGCUACUCCAGCCACCACAAACACUAAUGGUACUGUGGCCCCAUGUAUGCCUUCAUUCGACAACAAUGCAUUUCUUUCGCAACCCUCGCUAUCAUCUUUAGCAGCGUCAGCACCAGCAACAGCAUCAGAAUUAGCCAGUUUCUGUAACCUAACUGAUUAUCAUCAGCAUGAUGAUAUGAUAAUUGAGGAUGAUGAUCUCCAAACUUUGACACGCGAAUUCGUGUCUAAGUACCUUCCUGGAGUCAAGUUCAAGUCUGAGCCACACUAAUUAAUUGAAGUGAUUAAUUGUUACUAUUGAUUAAGAAGAAUUAGCAGAUAAUCUUGAUUAAUUUUUUAGCAUCAUCUUAUGCUAAUCUUUUGUAAUAGUAGUAAUGUUCCCUGUAACUGUAUCUUCCUUGUGAGUUGUGACAAACUAAUCUAAAGGUCCUGACGUAAUGGAAUUUUAAUCUCCUAAGCCCUAUAUUAUGUGGGCUGAAAUAGGUGGUGUUUUACUAUGGCUUUUGGGCUGCCAUCAAUGGGCUAGAAUCUGGGAUAUGUUCAAAGAA